AUGGCUAUUGUGAUAUAAAAGUAAUGGAAAGGAUAUAAAGCAAGGAAAGCAUAUUUAUAAACAAAACAAUGUUUAAAAAAGCCAUAGAAUGACUAAGCAACUAUUGAUAGCAAGAGUAAGAGAAAUAUAUAGAAAUAUUUUAUUUAAGAGGAGUAUGGACGUAUUUUAACAUAUUUAUCAAGUAAAAAUUAAUCCUGAACAACUUUAAAGGGAAUUUAGAUCAAAAUAUGAAUUUAUUAGUGGAUCAACAUAUGAAGGAGAAUGGUUAGGAGAUAAGAGAGAUGGAUAUGGAAUACAAAUAUGGGAAGAUGGGGCUAAAUAUAUUGGUUAAUGGAAAAAUAAUUAAGCUUGUGGAUAGGGAACCUUUUAUCAUGUUGAUGGAGAUAUCUAUGAGGGUUAAUGGGAAUGUGAUCGAGCAAAUGGAUUUGGAAUAUACAGAUAAUCAAAUGGAGUUAUGUACUAAGGAUAAUGGAAGGAUGAUUAUCAACAUGGAUAAGGUUAGGAGAAAUGUAUUAGAAUAUUGUAAAAAAAAUAGGGAUCGAUAAUUCGAUUUAUGAGGGUGAAUAUUUUUAAGGUAAGAAGUAGGGAAGAGGGAUUUAUAAAUGGCCAGAUGGAAGUUAUUUUGAAGGAGAGUGGUUUAAUAAUAAGAUUAAUGGUUAUGUAUAAGUUUAAUAGAGAAUAGGGAGAAUAUAUUUGGGCGGAUGGUAGAAAGUAUAAGGGUAUAUGGAAGGAUAAUAAAAUGCAUGGUUAUGGAAUAUAUUAAUGGAGUGAUGGUCGAUCAUAUCAUGGGGAAUAUGUUAAUGACAAAAAGUAAGGUAAAGGAAAAUACUUUUGGCCAGAUGGGAAAAUAUUUGAAGGAGAAUGGUAUGAAGGAAAAUAGAAUGGAAGAGGUAAAUAUUUAAUGGCAGAUGGAAAAGUUAAAUUUGGAUUUUGGGAGAAUGGAAAAAGAAUAAAUAUUGAAGGAUAAUUAUAAUGA